GGCAAGAAGCUACUGAAGUGUGAAUAUCACAGUAGCUGCAUUUAAGUCCCAGUGGACCCGUCUGGCUUGGACUGAGAACGGAGUACAGAGCGCGCAGCCGGUGGCACCAGCAAAAGCGGGACAAGAUAGUACGCAGCUGAUAGCAGCCCGUGAAACAGAAGGUUACAAGGCACAGUUCGCGAGAUUUAAAAGGGGAGAUGAAGUGAGGCUUACCGAUUUAUACAUCUGUACGGGCGUCCAUACGAUAAGCGUUUUCCAGCGAGUCUACUUCUCGGAGUAACCACAGUUUUUGUGUCACAAGUUUCACAGACUUGAGACUUGAUACCUUGAGAGUCCGACUCUUCGACUGUGGAUGCACCGGUUGCGGCUAAGGAUUGUUUGGAGGGUGUGUGAGUGAGCUGAGGUGUUAGAGGGGAUUCCAGAUGAACCCCCAGACUGAUAGAGCUCAGCUGCCCGAGGGUUGUAACCCCUAUGGAGAUCCCCGACCCCCUCCUGCUAAACUGUCCCGUCUGGAUCUGAAUGGAGGAGGGCCCACACCACAGGGGAGGCUUGGCAGCCCAGGGGCCAAAGCCCCCAGCCUGGCCGCCAACAUCAACACCCCAGGAUUGCAAUCCAGGAGCUGGCACAAGGAAGGGAGCCUGCUGCCUGUGUUCUGUGUGGUGGAGCACAAGGAGAGCCCGCCCGAGGGAGGGAGGAAGGAGGAGCAUGCUGAGUUUGUGCUGGUCAGGAGAGAGCUGCUGUUCAACCAGCUCAUUGAAAUGGCUUUACUGUCACUGGGUUACUCCCACAGCUCAGCAGCGCAGGCUAAAGGUCUGAUCCAGGUAGGCCGGUGGAACCCUGUCCCUCUGUGCUGUGUGACAGACGCCCCGGAUGCCACAGUGGCUGACAUGCUGCAGGAUGUCUACCAUGUCAUCACCCUCAAGAUCCAGCUACACAGCUGCCCUCGUCUGGAGGAUUUGCCCCCAGAGCAGUGGAGUCACUCCACAGUCAGGAACGCCCUGAGGGAACUGCUAAAGGACAUGAACCAGAGUUCACUGGCCAAGGAGUGCCCCUUGUCUCAGAGCAUGAUCUCCUCGAUUGUGAACAGCACCUACUAUGCAAACGUCUCUGCGGCCAAGUGUCAUGAAUUUGGCCGAUGGUACAAGCACUUCAGAAAUCCGAAAGGCAUCAUGGAGAUUGACGGCUUCCCUGAACCAACCCAACUGGGCUCCACCCACUACACCUUUAGCCAGCAGCCAAUCCCAGGCAGCACAGCCGAGCAAGCCAGCUCCUCGCCCCUCCCCUUUCCUCAUGGGGGCAUGGCCACUACCAUCUCUGGGCGUGGCUCCCUCAAUCUCCACCCCUCUGGCCUGGUGAACGCCCCCCUCAGCCCUCAGUUGGUCAGCCAGCAGCUGGUGAUGGCCCAGUUUCUGAACCAGCAGUAUGCAGUUAGCCGCAUGCUAUCCCACCAGGGGCUGUCUGUCUCCCCCCAGCAAUACCUCAACCACCCCCCAAUGGGGAGGUCCUCCACCCUCCUGGCCAAGUCCCUGGAGACCCAGCCCCAGCCUGGCCUCGGAUUGGGCCCUCCGAACCAGGCCACUGGGCCCUCAGAUAUUUCCAGUGAGAUCUACCAGUGGGUGAGGGAUGAGCUGAAGAGAGCAGGGAUCUCCCAGGCUGUGUUUGCCCGUGUGGCCUUCAACAGAACCCAGGGCCUGCUCUCUGAGAUCCUUCGUAAAGAGGAGGACCCUAAACAUGCAUCCCAGUCCCUAUUGGUCAACCUGAGGGCCAUGCAGGGCUUCCUUCAGCUGCCUGAGGUGGAGCGAGACCACAUCUACCAGGAGGAGAGAGAGAGGAGUCUGACCGCAUCCACAACGGUCAGCCAUACAGCCAGCAACACCACACUGUCUAGGAAGGAGGAGGGAAACUGUGCCAAGGCAGAAGAUUGGCACUCCCAGGCUUCCUUAGGCAUUCCUCCAUCCCGGAUGUCUCCUGUGGGGGUGGAGCUGAAGGCCCCCAGCUCUGUGCUCCAUGUCAGCAGCUCCAUCUAUGAGGAGGUCCAGCAGGAGAUGAGGAGAGCCAAGGUUUCACAAGCCAUGUUUGCCAAAGUGGCUGCCUCCAAAAGCCAGGGCUGGUUGUGUGAGCUGCUACGCUGGAAGGAGGAUCCCUCCCCGGAGAACCGGACGUUGUGGGAGAACCUGUGUAUGAUCCGUCGGUUCCUCAGCCUGGCGCAGGCAGAACGCGACGCCAUCUACGAGCAGGAGAGCAGCACGCUGCAGCAGCCCUGCCUGGAGAGACUCUCACACCUGACGAGCGACAACACACUGCUCCAGCGUCCUCCCACCCCACUGUCCCAUCAUCCCUUGCAGCCCCAGACAGGGCCUCGUCUGCCACCACGGCAACCGUCCACUGCCUCUCCGGCCGAGACAGAGGGGGACAAGGUGCAACUGCGGGCAUGGUGGGGACGCAAUGGUGAAGAAGGGGGUGGAUACACCCGGAGUGAGGGAGGCAGAAGAGAGAAGUGGGGUAAGGGCAAGGACUGGGGCAGUAGCAUUGGGGUGAGGGAGAGAAGUGAGGGAGGGAGUACUAUGGAGAAGGUUAGGGCCGAGGAAAGGGGUUAUAGGAGUGAGGGCAGAGGCGAUAAUGACACUGGUGAAGGCGAGGGCGAGGUUCGGAGGGUAUCCCAGGAGGCUUUGGGGAUCCUUCAGAGUUUCAUCCAGGAUGUAGGCGUGGACCCAGAUGAAGAGGCGGUACACACACUGUCUGCCCAGCUGGGCCUACCCAAACACACCAUCCUUCGCUUCUUCCACAGCCAGAACCACAACAAGAACCAAGACCAGGUUCAGGUCCAAAACGAGAGCUCUCUGCCCACCUAUAACCACAACCACAAAGACAAGCAACGCCACUGUUCAAAAACAGCCCUGACUCAACCUGACAAGACAACAGGAGACAAGGAUCAAGAUAAGGAGGAGGAGGAUGAUAGAAGGAUAGCAGAGCUUACUGGAAAGAUUAAGAAAGAUGAAGAGAGUGAAAAGAUGGAGAAAAUGGAUGGAGAAAAUGAAAGGGAAUUAGGGACAGAUACUGUCAACUUGAAGGAGUUGAACAUUGGUACUCAAACCACUGUCACCCUAAAACAGGAGGGGCAAAUGGUCUAACUAAAUCACCUGACACAGCAGAAGUAAAAUGGCUUCAACAAUUACUGUACACUCUUAAGGCCCGUUCACACCAAGGACGAUAACGAGAACUAUAACGAUAACUGUAUUUGCGUCCAUACCAAACUCGACGAUUAGCUUCUAGCAAUGUUGUCUUCCAUUUCAAAUACGCGGCCGCUUUAAAUUCAGAUGGAUUCUGAUUGGUUGUCAGUGUUUAUCGUUCAUAAAUUGGGAAAUAAAUCGUUUUGAGUGAUCCCAACAAUAUGGUUCCGCUAUAUAGUUGUCGUUAUUGUUGUGGUGUGGGCUCUGCUAUUCUUUUAAAUAUAGAACAAUUCUUAAAACUGAUUCUGAUUGUGAGCUUGAUAAAGAAAUUGACUUGCUUCACAUUUAUUAUAAUCCGUUGGAACCUAAUGAGAUAAACAACUUCAAAACUGUGAUGUGUGUUUACUCUGUGUAGGUUUUCCCAGUUUGUUGUGAAUCAUUGACAAGUAUAGUAUCACACAAAUCAACAAGUUAUAGACAUGAACUUGAGAAAGCACUUGAGAUGCUCGAAACAUCAUUAUGCCAGCAAAUGCCUUGAAUUACUGUGUAUGUUACUGCCACUUCGGUUUUGUGAUGUUCAUUGUGUCCACAUUGAUGGUGUCAAACCACUUCAGCUGUAUCCAGCUCAGCUUAUGGACUCUUUUUGUUUUGUUUCACAAAACAUGCAACACAUUCUCGUUUGCAUAGCAUUCAUCUACAGUAUUCUAUUCUGUCUAAAAUUGUACUUAUAUUUUUCAACAAGAUACAUUCCACUUGCAUUAUUAUUAUUUACAUAUACUGUCGUGUCUUUUAGUCGAUGAUGCUGAUUUGAGGGAACAUUGUUUUUAAAAGCAGGACUUGCAUGCAUGUUGUAGGUUGCACGCAUAUUUUUGUUCACUCAUUAAAUUAACUUAUU